AUGUCUACUAGUAACAACAAAAACAACAAUCCUUUUCUAUUCCCUCAUGCUAACUCCACUAUCCUCCCUGACCCCUCCAAAUUCUUCUCUCCGAAUCUGCUAUCAACACCCCUCCCAACUAACUCUUUCUUUCAAAACUUUGUUCUCAAUAAUGGUGAUCAACCUGAAUACAUCCACCCUUACCUCAUCAAAUCAUCUAACUCAUCACUUUCACUUUCAUAUCCAUCACACUUUUCUAACUCAGCUGUCAUAAGCCAAGUCUUCGAACCCGAUCUUACUAUUUCCUCACCUGAAAAAAUCAGCCAUUGUCCCCAUUUGAAUCAUAUAGUCUCUUCUUACAAUGAUCUCAGUGUUACUUUGGAUAUCCCUUCAUCAAAUUUGCGUUUUUUUCUUGUUAGGGGAAGUCCCUUUUUGACUUUCUCUGUAACACAACCAACCCCUCUUUCAAUCACUACAAUUCAUGCUAUUCUCUCUUUUUCUUCCAAUGACUCUCUUAAAAAACAUACUUUCAGCUUUAACAAUGGUCAAACAUGGAUUCUGUAUGCUUCUUCACCUAUCAGGUUGAGUCAUGGUGUUUCUGAUAUCACUUCUGAAGCAUUUUCUGGUAUAACUCGGAUUGCUUUGUUGCCUGAUUCUGAUUUCAGGCAUGAGGAUGUUCUUGACAAGUACAGUUCUUGCUAUCCUGUGAGCGGUAAUGCUGUUUUUGGAAGACCAUUUUAUGUUGAAUACAAAUGGGAGAAGAAAGGUUCAGGUGAUUUACUGUUGUUAGCACACCCUUUUCAUCUUCAGCUUUUGUAUGAUUAUAAUAUUGAUUUUGAUGUUACUGUUUUGAGUGGUUUUAAGUAUCAAAGCAUUGAUGGAGAGCUUGUCGGUAUUGUUGGCGAUUCAUGGCUACUAAAAACUGACCCUGUUAAUAUAACUUGGCAUUCUCCAAAUGGUGUGAAAAAAGAAUACCAUAAAGAAAUUGUUUCAGCUCUUUUGAAAGAUGUUGAGGAUCUAAAUUCAUCUGCAAUAACAGUAAAAAGUUCUUACUCUUAUGGAAAGUUGAUAGCUAGAGCUGCAAGGCUUGCAUUGAUUGCUGAAGAAGUUUUCUUUUUUGAUAUGAUUCCAAAGGUUAAGAUUAAAAAGUUUUUGAAGGAGACUAUUGAGCCUUGGCUUGAUGGAACUUUUAAUGAAAAUGGAUUUCUCUAUGAUAGAAAAUGGGGUGGAAUUGUUACUAAACAAGAUUGUGCUAAUUCCAAUGAUUGUUUCAGUUCUGAGUUUUAUAAUGCUCAACUUAAUUGCUUGGGAUAUUUUCUUUAUGGUAUUGCUGUUCUUGUUAAGCUUGAUCUAGAUUGGGGUAGGAAGUAUAAGCCUCAAGCUUAUUCACUUAUGGAAGAUUUUCUGAACUUGAGCACAUGUUCGAAUCCAAAUUACACGCGUUUAAGGUGUUUCGAUCUUUAUAAGAUACAUUCAUGGGCUGGAGGGCUAUUAGAAUUUGAAGAUGGAAGAUAUCAGAAGGGAAGUAACGAGGCUAUUAACGCGUAUUAUUCUGCUACUUUAAUUGGUUUAGCAUAUGGUGAUGCCGAUGUUGUUGCUAUUGGUUCAACCUUAACAGCGUUGGAAAUUGAAGCAGCGAAAAAGUGGUGGCAUGUGAAAGAUGGAGGGAAUAUGUAUGAGGAAGAAUUUACCAAAGUGAAUAGAAUGGUUGGUGUUGCUUGGUCUAAUAAGAGAGAUACCGAACUGUGGUUUGGUUAUCCUGGUGCAAGACAGUGUAUGCUUGGGAUCCAAGUUUUACCUUUGUUGCCUAUGACAGAAUUAUUGUUUAGUGAUAUUGAAUAUGUUAAGGAUGUUGUUGAGUGGGCAUUGCCUGAUUUGGAAAGGGACGGUGAAGGUGAAGGAUGGAAAGGGUUUGUGUAUGCAUUGCAGGGAAUUUAUGAUAGAGAAGGUGCUUUGGAGAAGAUAAGAAAGUUGAGUGGUUUUGAUGAUGGAAACUCAUUGAGUAAUUUAUUAUGGUGGAUUCAUAGUAGAUGUUAAGGUUGUACUCCAUGGU